AUGAACUGGAAAAAGGCUUUAAGUUUGGCAGGAGGGGCAGCAGCUGUAGUUGCCUUGACGUACAUGCUGAUGAAGGACGAUGAAAAUCAUGAUGACAAAGAUGAUGAAAAUGAUGAAAAGAAAAAAAAAAACGGAAAAUUAAAUAAGGACUCAAGUCGAAUAAUAAAGGGAGAAUCGAUGACUCGAGAAGAUCUGUUACAUCUCUUAAACGAAAUGUUGAAAUUACAAACAGACAUGAAAAAUAUCGUUAAAGACUUAAUUGUAGUUGCAAAGAAUGAUAGCUACGACUUCAUGUCGGUUUAUAACGUUGCCAAGACAUACAACACUGUGGACCCAUUGGGAAAAUAUCAAAUUGAGAUGCCAGAAUUUGACAAAGUUGUAGAGAACUACCAUUUCGAUCCAGAAGUUAAGGAGGCAGUCUCAAAGCUCAUGUCAUCCCAAGAAAAUUACUAUGCCAAUAUGAGCGAAGGUGCAACAUUGAGUGUUGAUAAAAUAAUUGAAAUUCAUCAUUUCAUGUUAAAUGAAUUGUAUAAGAUUGACCCUGAAUUUAAAAAAAUUCCAAAUAAGCACGAACUGGACCCCAAACUAAUAGCAUUAGUUAUACAAUCCAUAGUUAGUGCAAAAGUGGAAGAAGAAUUUAAUUUGACUUCAGAAGAUGUGGAAGCUUCCAUAGCAAACCAACAAUACGCCUUAACUUCGAACAUGGAAUUCGCCAGAGUUAAUAUCCAAAUGCAGACAAUUAUGAACAAAUUUAUGGGCGAUCACUUUAAAUUUAUGUGUGACAAGGAAGGGGCCUUCUAG